AUGCUGUGUUCUUGUAUAGAUACGAAUUGGGUUAACUUACUAUUAUUACAAGUCGGAGUGAUCGGUCCUUUUCGAACCUUAGCGUACAAGCAUAUUCCUUGGUCCCAUAGAUUGAAAUAUCCAGAAUAUAGACACAAUAUGCAAGAACACUAUAAGCCAAAUAACCAGCCAAAUAGCCAAGUACCCACAGAAAGUAUUCCAUCGCCUAAGGAGAACAAUAACAUUCAACAACAGCAAGAUACGGUUUCCUCUACGCAACAAAUAGAUAUUGUGAAGAAUGAUCUUGAACCUAGCAAAAAAGAAAAACCUAAAAGAAAGUCAUUAUCUCUUAAAUUAUCUAAGAAAAUGUUUUUAAAGGAAGAUGAAUCCCUUGAUAAUAAAUGUGAAAAUUUGUGUCCCAAUGAGGAGAACUCCAAAACAAACAGUUUUUCAACAAAGAAAAGAUCCUCUUGGAAUAGUGACUACUUUAAAACUUUUGUCUGUAAAAUAUGUUCUAAAGUGUAUAAAGAUAAGAGAGACAUGUUGUCUCACAUGAAAAAUCAUGAAAGUCUUAUUAUGAGUCAUUCAAAUAUUUUAAAUUCUCAUUUGGAUAUAGCUAUUAAUAAAAUAGACAAGACCCCAAAUAUAACUGGAAAAUCGAAAUAUGUUGUUUUCAGUGAAGACAAAGUACUAAAAAGCGAACAUGCAUUGUACUAUAUCGUAUACAUUGCUAAAGUGAAGAGAGCCAGGUCACCGUCAUCCUCAUCGGAUGAUGAUGUAGUUGGUAGAAAAUCAAAAUAUAAACGACAGAGGUUUAUUUCUGAAGAUUCUAACACCUCGGCCACUACAGAAGUUAUCGAGGGAAAUAUAACUUCCGCUGAUGUUGAGAUAGAAGAUGAAAAAAGUGAAACAAAUGAUAAAAAUGAUAAGGAUGAAAAAAUAUCGGAUGAGAAUGUCGAAUGCGUUAAUAUUAACGUUGACGAGACAUCAAAGGAAAGUAGUAAGGAAACCACAUCUAGUAAAGAGAAGCCAGCGAAGAAAACACCGCAAAGAAAUAAAAUGACGAUUAGUGAUAUUAUAACAGGGUGUCAAAAUAAAUAUUUAAAUAGGCAUGACACGUCCAAAAAUGUAUCAAAGUUACAAGAAAACAUGGAAUCUUUCCUACAACACAAAUUUUUAAGUAUAGGUACAAAGAUAGUUCACAAAGGUCUUAACUCAACAGGGUUGUUGAGAUAUUUGGAGCACAAAGAUCUUGACAUAAAUUGGUUACAAAGUAAGAAUUCUCUUUCUAACAUAAUCAUUAAAACUAAGUUGAAAGAUACGAACACUGUCAGCAAUACUGAUAAUCUCGCUUUAAAAAAUAUAACAGAUUAUAUCAUUGAUCAUCCUACUCGAGAUUUUGUUGAUGAUUUUGAAAAUGUAUUAGGUGAAAAAGAAACCCCAGCAAGAAAAGAUCCAGGCGACGCAAGCCCGUCUUCAUCAACCGUUAUCGUGUUAAAUGAUGAUCAAACUGAUAAAUAUAUUAAUAGUAAUGUGACUUCAAAACUUAAAACUAUACUCUCAUCAAAUAAAGAAACAGAAAAUGAGGGGGAAGCUGUUUUAGUUUUACGGUCCACCCAAGAGACUGAUAGACAGAAUUGUACGAAAAUACUUAACGCCAACCCAGUUGCUAAUCCUAAACAAUUACCCAACAAAAAGUCAAAUACACCUAUGCCAACAGAAACUGUGUCCGCUGUCGACGACAUUUUGUUUAAUUAUAACAACGACGAAUCAAAGAUGCCGGUUAUAACUUCGACGGUUUCGUUAGCAAAUUACGACCAUGCAAAACCUAGAGAAAAAAAUUCCCCACCCAGGCCAGAGAAUCCGCAGAAAACUGGCUCCGAAACAAAUAAACCAUGGAUAAAAGUGAAGCCUGUGUCGGAACUCAUGCCUAUUCAGAAUAAGCAAAAGCCAAGCGAUCCAGUAGUUCAGACAGGCUGGACUCCUACUAGCUUCGUGCCUAUAGCUCCCAAUCCAAGCCAGGUGUAUGUUUCUCAAUAUAGACCUUCGGAGCCGGCAAAAGUUUUGAGUUACCCUCAAACAUUUGGUAGUGUUCAAAAUAAUAGAAUCGACAUUCCUGAAUCAAACGCCCUAUCUCGCAACAACGUGCCGACAAGGGUUACACAGGAAUAUGUUAAUAUGCAUACGGUCGAGUUACCUAAUACUAAAACCAACUCUCCGUUCAAAUACUUCAAAGAAUUACUCCAAAUACACAAUAUUGUUUUACUCGAUAGUACGGCGAUAGUUCCGCACACUAUGAAGUGUAUUAUAAAAUUUACUUUAGGUUUCCAGCAAGAAAAUAAUGCUCCUGUGAGUCUUUCAUUGACGUUAUUCUAUGAUGGGAAUAUUUUUUGUAUUAAAGUGGCGGACAUGGCGCUUAAAGAAAUAGACAUAUCAAAGUUGUCUGCUAACUGGCAAUGGGAAAUACUUAAAGUGUUCAAAAGUGAUAUCGUUAACAAACUUCAUACAAACGCUCUUAAGCAUGGCCUGCACAUCAACGCUAAAGUUAAUUAUUUUGUAAGUUUACUCAGAUCGAUCGUAUUUACCAAAUAA